AUGCCCGCCCCCUCGUCCUUCGUAGACCCUUCGUCUCUUUCCCUGCCCUCGCCGUCGCACUCCCCGUCGCCAGCACCAGAAUCGUCGCUACCCACCACAUCCACAGCCAACCUCCAAUCAGCAUCAGCAUCGUCCUCGACAUCCGCCCAGCCUUCCAGGAAGCGGCCUCGCACCGAAACAUCGUCCGAGGAACGCAAGGAGGCCCGGGCACACCGCAACCGAAUCGCAGCACAGAACUCGAGAGACAGGCGCAAAGCCCAGUUCCAGCUCCUCGAGCGCCGUGUUGCCGAACUCGAAGAAGAGAACCGCGUCCUUCGAGCCAGCAUCAGCCUCGCCUCUAUCUCUGCGGGCCACAACAUCGCCGCCGCCCCAGUAGCCCGGCCCAAGCUCACUCCUGCCGAGGAACAGCGGGAGAAGGAGAACCAGGAGCUGAAAGAGCGGAUAAGAACACUCGAGAAGGGUUGGGAUGCCGUCGUCAAGGCUCUGGCAGCUCAAGGCCUCCCCACCGGUAUCUCCCUUUCAGGUCCAGAGGCUUCGACAUCAACGCCUACCGCUCAAACCGCCAGCCUACCUGCUCCUGCAGUCCUGACCCCACCCUCAUCCUCGCCCGCGAAAUCAAGUUCGCCCGCAUCUGCAGUCAUCACCAAGGUCGAAGCACCAGAGAGUCCCACUAAACUCAGACAAGACUCGACGUCGCUCCCUUCCUUGACAUCCGCACCAUUGGGCUUCCCUCUAUCCCCCGCACCCUCAGAUUCUUCCCUCGACUCCUUCGACAUUGACAUGGAGUUCGAACUCUCUUCAUCUGCAUCCACAUCUUCCCUCUUCGCAUCAGACUUCAAGUCGCCUGAGCAAUCCAAGCAGACAACGCAUGAGCAACUCUUGACCACUCGCCACCUAGCACGGGUGGCGACCACGGCCGUUAAGGCUGUGUCCCUGCAGCGGGUGCCAGAUGUUGAUGACGCGACCAUGGAGACCUUGUUCAGGGAGAUCCUCGCGGCGAGCCCCAGCUUGCCGACGAAGAGCUUGCCUGAUACCUCCGAAGGUGAUGCUCUUUCCGGAUUGCCCACCCCCGCGGCGGCGCAAAUGAUUAUUCCGGACUUCACAGCGGGUGCAGGUGUGGGAGUGAAUGAGGGUGAAGUUGAGGGUGUCUCAGUGGGGAUGAAUGGGUCUAGCGGAUCGGCCGACGUAGGAAUGAGCAAUGUGGCGAUGUCGCUGUACAACUGGGUGGAUGAAGCGGAGAUGAAGAAGCUACUGGACAUGUUGCCCUCGAUAGAAGGUGUUGGGGAUGCGGUUCCAUGGGAUUCAACGAUGCUCUCCGCCAUUUCAACCAUUGGUGUCUGA